GACCGUAUCACUUAGUGAAAUGCAUAUUCAUACCGGAUUGAAUUUUUUCUAUCAUUGUAUCUACGAGUGUGAGCGCCAGAUGUUGCCAACACCUGGGCGCUCCUCACCUCAGCAUACUUCAUGCGCGUGUGUUGCAUAGGAUGUGACAUUUUGCGUCACAUAAACAUUUCAUGGUGUCAGAGCGUUUAGCUGUGAUAGGACGCAGUGUUACACCCAAACUACUUAAUUGUCGCCUUCAUCCAUAAGAAUAUUUCAUUGGCAAAGAAUACGAUGAUACUACCUGAUUUCAGGCUCUGUAGGAUUGCCAGAGGAAGCAGCAUGUGACAUACUCUGUCGAGAUCGGAUGAUAGGGGCAGCCCACACAAUCUGACCAUCAAAGAUGAGCAUGGAUAGACUGAUAAGUCGCAGCGUACCUCACCUGCCGAGGUACCAGUCCACCUCACCGGCCAGGUCACCGCGCCUGGAAGCCCGCCGCUUCGCCUCCCUUCACAGCGUGUCCAGAAUCAGUUACAUUGAUGGAGAAUCGUACAGGGGCAUCUACUCCUAUCACAUCCACAGCUCACCCUCGCCGAAACGGGCUUACAAAGUUCACUUGAUACAGUCCAAGCCUGGUCACCAUCUUGUCAGGUCGACCAAAAGUCUGUCUCAAAAUGACCUCAGGUCAUCUCACGUGUACCAUUCCUUGGAUGCGCUUUCUACCAAAGUAUUGCAAGGAAGGGACCAGCGCGUCAAGGUGACCAGCUGUGAGGACAUCUACCACAAGAAGCCUUUCUUCCCCGAUCUGACGGCCUCUGAGAGCGGCGUCUCCAUGGAGGGCUGGGAAGAUGGGUCACUAUUUGGUGGGGAAGAUGACUGCUCCUCCCAGCACUCUUUCGGAAGCUCCAGUGCUGCAUUCGAUGUCACACUGGAGAGUGAGCUGGACAGGACAGACAACCUCGGCGGACACGAAGACAGUUUCGGAGACUUUCGAGAUGGCGAGGCUAGUGAUGGUCGAAGGUACAAACGCUCUGUCCGCCGGGCCAGUGGCGAUGCGUCCAGCACAGACAGUAAUUGCAGUAGCCCCGUCUCUCAUUUCGAUUCUAAAAGGAGAGAGUUUGAGAGGACACGCAUGACGGGUCUCAGAGUUCAAAUCCCAGGAGAUGAGAAGAAUGGACAUGGUCAAACUAGCCAGCGGUCUUCCAAACCUCUGGCCCAGUCAACGCCUCAUGUAAGUCCAAGAGGAAAACACGAAAAUAAACUUUCCGUGAAGGCCAGUUGGUCAGUGGAUGACAUGGGCAGCGAUGAACAUAUCCCAAGCAAAACUCCAACUUCUAGGUCGCCCUUUGACCUGGAAGUGCAUGAAGUAGAUCUGCAGAAUUUGUCCAGACUCGGUGAGUCCAGUUUAAAUGCAAGCUUUUCAGAGGACACUAUGUCCGAUGUGUCUAACUCAACCAUCACCUCUCCCAUUCUGAGGCGAAGAGAUCUGGAGAGGCAAAAGUCCAAGAAGAAGUUCAAGUCUUCUGCUCAUUCCAACGAAGAUAAUUUUGAGCAAGAUGACUGUGGCUAUGGCACUGACCACUAUCACAGUCAGGCUGAUCUCUCUGACCGGAAGGUGCUGUCACUAGAAACAUUGGCUGGCGAAUUGGAAAAAGCGGCAGGGAAAGCAAUAACCGGAAGUGAGAGCUGGGCUUUCUUAAGUAUAGACACAGCCGAAACAAAACAAAAGAGACAAGACGCGUGCUCUGGUGCACACGAGGCAUCAAGGAGUAUUAAACCCGGUCAAGUGAAGAUACCAUUGAUUGCCGCCGGUAAGCAAGGCCAGGAGAAGUUGAAAAAAGUGCCUCCGUUGUCGCCGCCCUUGGAUCGAUCUUCCCCCCAGUUUUCUGCCCCCAGCGCCUUUCACACAUGGACAGCAGGCCAUAAUGUGGAUGUCUUUGAUCCAAUCUAUAAAGGCGUGAUGGACAACAGCCGACGGGUGGGUGAGCCGCAAAACGUGCUGACCAGUGCUAAGCUUGAUCACGUCAGCGAGUUAAUGGUUGACGGUCAGCUGAAUGGCAUCAGUAGCCACCAGUUUAUAGGACAUGUCUGUGAACCAAAUUCUGGCUUAAUGAAAGACCAACGGCCAUUAGAAGAUCAAUACGGCCAUAAUGAUUCUGGCUUAGUUUUAUUAAAUGAUAGCAUCACAGAAGGGGCGGAUGUGCAAGAUAGCAAGUCUUGCGGAGGAGGCGCCCACCGUGUUGAAGCAGGCACUGAUUAUACAAUUUGUCCCUCAAAAAAAGAUAUACAUAUAUCUAACGAUAGUAUAUCUAAUACUAAUGAAGACAUUUUUACACCACUGGAGUUGUCACAAGUCACGUGCUCACAGACCAACGUUUCACAACAUCGCAUCUCACGUCAUUUUCUAAAAACAGAACUGGAAAAUUCUGGGCUCAAAGCCGAGCAGCGUGAAAUACCCAACGGUCAGGAUGACGCGAGCGCGUGCGAUGAUGUCACCUCGGAAAUCGGAGAGUGGUCACGUGCUGACUUUUUCAACAGUUGGGAUUCACCAAUGAGCGCUGGCCGCGUACUCACGAUGAGGCAACCCGUUGAUGGCGCCAUCGAUCACAUGUUAAUUCGCGAGGACAAAGAAACGCCAGAUCCUUGUUUAGCGAGCAGUGUUUUCAAGGCUGGCUCAGAAACUAGCAACCUUGCCCACCCCACCGCUGAUUGUUAUAGCGGGGAAGUCCCCGUGGCUUUUAUAAAUUUCCCAAACAUUGAAGAUAAAAAUAGUCAGAAAACUGGAUUCGAUUCGGUCACUACCAAUGAUUACUCAUCUUUAUCUCAAAACUUGUUAGAUGACAACAGUGUAUAUAAUUCUAAGAAUAGUUUGACGGGAAUUCACAGUUGUCAACGUUUGAACAUUGACGCUGGGCCACAAUUAAAAUUAUUGGACGGUAUCGCGACUUGCGAUGUGAGCGCAACCGAUUCUAUGUUAAAGGAAGGAAAGUUGACUGAACUCGAUACCGCUAAUGGGCAACAGGGCGGCAUCGGUGAAAAUGAGUGCCGCUACUCCAUGCCAGUUGUCGAGGACGAAUCAAUAAAAGACGGCAGCGACGCACGUCGUGAGUUCAGUUUGAGUCAAGUAGAUCGUUGCAGCAACACAGUUGACAGACAUGAUUGUGGAGUGUUCGAAUCUUUUCCCCUGACAGUACAAGACGUUUCUGUUGUAGAGAUUACAAAGGCGGAGACUGUAGUAGAACAAACGGGUGUGUUAGGUGCCACCGUAUCUUGUCACGUGAUAAGCACCGAUGUUACUCAAACUGGUCGAUUGAUGGACGAGUCCCCAAAACGGAGUGAAACACACAUGGCGUGCUCGACACGAGGCGGGGACGAGAGCGCGCGGGGGACUACAACUACUAACCCCGGCGACAAGGGGCUGUGCGACAGCACGCUUCAACCUGGCGGUGACGGGCUGCUUGACACGGAGAGGUCCCCCCGCUCGAGGGGCGAUACAUCUUCACCCUCCCCAGGUGUGUCAGUUAUUACCGCUGGGGGGAACACGUGUGCCAGUCAAAGCGCCGUGCCUUCGGAUCAUUCGUUAGCGUUGACUGGUAAUGAGAAUGUGAUCACGAGUGAGAUGAACGAUGCGGUCUCAAAUAAUAACGUGCUGGAUAAUCUGCACCAACAGUUAUUUCGUAUUUCGUCAUUGGAGGAUGAUACUGAGACAUUGAAGGAGGGCUUUAGGGACUUCGCAUUAGCUACGAGUGUCCCUCAAGAGAUAACCAACGAAGAGCCAAGCUUACCGGUAGAAGUCAUGGACGACUCGGGUACUUACUACUCUUACAGUAUCAGCGUGCACGACCCAGAACCCGAGGACGUGAGCGAGGAGCCCUGUCAACGUGAACAUUACGACAACGACGACGGCGUUAUUGAGGAAUCACGCACUUACACCUAUCGCCGUCACUUUCCCGCCUCCUUGCUCAAGUCCAAUCACAUUAAAUCGAGUAGCCUUUGGACGCUGCAGGAGGAAACGGAAAGUUUGAUAGAUGCCCAAUCACCCAGGUCAUCGCCCAAACGACUGUUCGGCAUGGUCGCUUCUGAAGAGGAUAACACAUCCAGUAACUCGUCUAGACCUCUUUCCCCUAGCAGCAACCUAUCAAACAGCGAAGAAAGACUUGACUUGGAUAGAGACGUUUCCUUGUCAGAAAGUGACCACUCAAAGAAGUCACAUCUAGAUCAUUUGGAUACCAUCAGCUUGGGAGACUUGUCUGAGACGUACACAUCUCAACCCACAGAAACAUCUUUCUGCGGCCCCUUUCCGGCAGUGAGUUCAGUGACUUCCGGUAGGUCACCAUUGGAUAUACUGUCAGACUCGCUUGAACAGUUUAACAGAGACAUCUCCGAUGACACUGGUCUGUGCUCAUCUUCUAAUCAGCACAGCUGGGCAGACGAUCUAGCCAGUGAAACAUCGUCCAGGAUUCACGACUUUGACAAUGAACUCUCUUUCAUUUCUUCAAGUAUUAGUCCCAGCCCGUCAGACUUCAGUGACGGUUCAGUGUACACCAGUACUGGCACUGCCCAGGUAAAAACAUCUGGCGCUGCCUUUUUCGAUUAUGACAUUUUGGUAAGUCCGUCAGAUAAGAGUGAGGUGAAACAAACGCAAGAAGACACGUUGACCACCUCAUCAUUGACCGGCACUAAAUCCAGCAUAGACAAAGAGUUUGAGAAAAUUCUAGAAGAGUUCACUGCCAUCACAUCCCCUCUGGCUGACCUGGAUCAGGUGUUGCUGACGAAUGCAACAGAGUUUGACAGUUUGUACAAAGCAUUUACUAAUGAUGAUUCAGAGAAAAAGCAGAAUCAUGUCUGCAUUGUGGUUGAAGAGGACAGCAUGGAUGCAUUCAGAUUCAAAAGGUUCUUGAAGAAGUCUCACACAAAAAGAAAGAAGGGGAAGAAACUCCUCAGAUUUCUCACUUCCUUGGGCUGUGUUUCAGAAGGGGCUCAGUCUCCAGAGAUGAGCCCCAAGAAAGUGUGGCGCAAGGAGGAGCAAGUGUUGACCAUGGACAACAUGGGUUCCAGCAAAGGUCAGCUGGUCAAACCGAGCAGUUUUCAAAAUCAAAUUGUACUGAGCAAGGAAUUGCAUCAGCCACCUCGAGAAAACAGUCCCACCUCAUCGAGCCACAGCUUGGACAGUGAGAGAUCCAGACCUGACAGCGCUUACUCAAGCUUUUCAGAGUCACACCCGGGAGAGCUGACCAGCCCCAACGCCACAUGCUUGGGGCCACACCACCACCUUCCUUCCAAAUCCUCCAGCUCAGUCAGCAGCGUCUUUUAUGAUGACCGUCUCAGCCCAGUGGACAGUGCCUAUGAGUCCACGCCUGGUCCUUCCACAAGAACAUUCAGCGAGGCUGAGCUGACAUCCCAUUCCAUGAAGGGUGAUGUCUUGUCAGCAUUCUCUGAUGUGUUUGAACAGCUAAGUGUCUGUGAGAGUGAGAUAGACACUGCACUUCUGAGACGCCUCAGACAUGGACACAUGCCUGCCAAUACUGAAACUAAGUAGUUUAGUGUUCUCGGGUAACUUUGAUUGUUGCGUCUAGGAUGGAUUAUAUUUUGAGUUUAUAAAAUUCUUGGACCAGCACAACACACAAGGAUAGAAAGUAUCAUACAGAAUACUUAAUAACUUGUAUAAGACUAUCUUUAAGCAAAUAGAAAAUAUAUUGAAAAUAUUUAGUUUUACAGAAUACUUACUAAGGUUUGUGACUGCUUUAUAUAUCACUUUUAUUUGAUAUUCUAAUUCUAUAACUGAUCUCUACUCUAGGCCCUAUAUAGUGACUGAAUAAUCAAAUCUCUUUACAUUAGACUUAUUCAAUCUAAAUCAAUGUCAAAGCUUUCAUUAUUGUAUGUAUGUCAUUUCCUGCCAUGUCAAUGACAUAUAACAAAAAACUAUUUACUUGCUCUGUUAAUGAGGGUGUUAUGUUGUCAUCACACAACGAUAUAGGUUUUCUUUCCCUUUAAUUCACCUAAGAGCUGGCUCUACUUUAAAGAUAUUGUGUAGUAUAAAUUAUAGUGCAUUCAUUUGGAGUGAGUUCUUGAGUAUUUAAUUUAGUUUUCUGUGUCCUAUCACUUUUUUUUAGACAAGACCUGACUGAAUCACUUUAGUGACACUUUUAUUAGCAGUGGGUCUUGAAUCUCAGUGUCACAGUUAACAGUGUUAAAAUACAAAAUUAUCAAAUGCUCUAACCAAAAACACUAGUCCCACCAAUUAAGUUUUUUUCCUGUUUCAGUUAAGAGUCAGAAGUGAGAAAGGAAAUAGUCAUUAAGAUGUGUGAGAUGUCUAAUAGAAAAACUGUCAUCAAUAACUAAAGAAGUCAACAUUAUCAAAGAAAAUAAAGCAAGAAUGUAAUUAUGAAGAUUAGUUUUUAAAGACAAUUUAUUUUGAAGCUAGAUUUCCAUGCAGUAGCCUUGAGGCUAAAAAUAGCAAUAUAUGUCCCUUGUUCUAUAUAAAGAUAUUUAUUAGCAACUUUUCUACAAAAAUAAAUUUUAAAUGAUGACUACUUUAGUUUUACAGUUUACUCUUGAUAGUCUGACACUUUAUAGUCCAACACUUUACAGUCCAACACUUUAUAGUCCUACACACUCAACAAUCUGAUGGGGUACUGAUAUAAGCAUCAUAUAUUUUGAGAAUGUUAGUUUAGACUGAAACUGUAAAUGAGUGCUGUAUGUCCAAACUGAAAUCAUGAUACAUGCUGUCUAGGACAAUAGAUUUUUCUUUUUCAUCUUUUGUUUAUUAUGUCCCCUGGAACGUGUAAAAAAAAUAAUUGAUUAUAAAUAGAAUUUUCUUGACAUUUAUUGUUAAAUUCUUAUUAGUACAACUAACCUUUCAUUAUCUAAAGUUUUUGAUAGUCCAACCACCUACUCUAAUGUCCUCUUAUAGUCAGACUAUCAGAAGUCAACUGUACAUAUGGCUUCUUUUUUUUAAUCUAGACAGUAUAUACAGAAAAUAGCUAGACUCUUUAUAAAAAGUGGCCUUUUUACUAUGUAAAUUUUAUAUUUACCUAAUUAACUUUAAAUAAUGACAGUUGUUUUUUUUUUAAAUUACCCAACUUUACAUUCUUUUUUAAUUGACUUAAAGUUGAUGUAAAUCAUUUGACAGAUAUUGUUACCUUAACACCCUCAUUGUGCAUUAAUGCCCCUGGAUGUUGUGGGCUGGUUCAUAUAGAAGGAAAACAUACAUUCUUUUACCUUAACUGUGUCUAUAAAUAUAUAUAUAUAUACUCACAUAAAUGACAUACAUUUAUUUGUAUUCAGUCUCCUAUUUCCAGCAGCACUUGUGACAUUCCAUCCAUGCCAUUAACAGCAGCCAUUUUAAAAACAUAUCUUUGUACAACAACAAAUGACAUAAUGUUUGUUGGUUGAUAUUUUGUUGUUGUUUUUUUUUUACACACAAACAUACAGUAGAUUUUAAUUUUUGAUUUUUAUGAGAUUGUUUAUUAAGGAGAAAUAGACAUUAACACUGGUUACUGUAUUACAAUGUAUGCAACUUUAUGAAUAUAUUCUAAGCUAGCCUUUUUUUUAUGUUGAAUAUUAUUUGUUUUGAAGUACCAAUAUGGGAACUUUAAACAGAAAUAUGACUUUGAUGUGUUUAUUUACUGUAAAAGUUCUCAAAGACUGGAACACAUUAAAACUCAUCAGUUUCA